UGGCAUGCACACAAGAGGGCAGCUAAUGGCUUGCAUGGAUCUCAGUCCGACAGCACAAACGGCAGGGGGUGGAAUUUUAAAAUGGUAUCACAAAACGGUCCUGGGAAUAUGCCCAUGGCCACCUAGAAUAGAGAGGCUCUCGCGCUUUCCCCUUCCCAAAAUAUUUUCCACGCGAUCGCGAGAGAUCGAUCGCUUCGAUGCUUGGCGCUCCGAUGGAUGUGUGUGAUCUGGAUCGCAAUAGCUUCUUGUAGAUGCAAGAUUUUGCCAGGAUCGUCGCUCGCUUCGUGGAGAUCCUUCCAAUUGCUUUGGAUGCAAGCGUUCCCAGACAAGAUGCGUGAAGGAAUCUCCAAGAAGAUCACUUUCUUGGGGCCCUGUGUGUGUGUGUGAUAGUCGCGCUAGCGUAGAAUAAAUCGCGCUGGGAAGCAAUACGAUCGCUGUAGCUCGCUCGCUCCCUCGCUCUACGAUGACAGAAUCAUCGAGCAGUAGCAGCGGCGGCCAUCGGCGGGGAUUCUUGCGCAAGAUCAUCGUCCUGAGGCCGCUCAUCCAUCUCAUCUUCGCCACGCUCCUCCACAUCAUGGCGACGAUGAUGGUGAUCCCGGCGCUCACGGAUGUUCUUCUCGGAGCGCUCUGCCCCGGCCAGGCCGAAUGCAACGAAGCGAUCUACUUGACCGGCAUCCAGCAAAUCAUCGCGGGGAUUGGGACGAUGCUGGUGACGCCGAUUCUCGGCGAGCUCUCGGACGAGUAUGGCCGCAAGCCGCUGCUGAUGAUUCCAUUCUCCGCCGCUGUUCUUCCCAUGGCGAUACUCGCCUAUAGCCAAUCCAGGCCGUUCGUUUACGCCUACAUGGUCGUGGGAACAGUGGUUAGGAUCUUCGCCGAGGGUGGCAUUACAUGCCUCUCUUUUGCGUAUGUGAGCGACUGUAUCGAGCGACGCUACCGAGCUCUUGCCAUUGGCGUGCUCAUGGGAUCGUUUUCAGUCGGUUAUGUUAUUGGGAUUCUUUUGGCUCGAGUGUUGGCUCAGGAUCAAAUUUUCAAGGUGGGAGAGCUUUACACUUUUAAGUCGACUGUUUCUUCAACCACCUUUCAGGUGGCUGCUGUCGUGAUUGCUUUUGCUGCGGUCUAUGUCAAAGUUUUUUUACCAGAGACAAAUGCCGAGCGUGGUCCACCGCUGCUUCCGAAUCACAGUGACACGCAUCAGCAGCAUAAGCGUGACGAAUGUCGCUCUACACCGCUGCUCAUGCGUAGCACUUCCUCAAUCACAGACACUGUGCUUCUGUUUAAACAGAACAAUCUUUUGACGCAGGUAGCGGUGAUAGUAUUCUUCUCCAGUCUUGGCGAAGCUGGAUUACAGGGUUCACUGUUGUAUUAUUUAAAAGCGACUUUUGGUUUUGCAAAGGACCAAUUUGCAGAGCUCAUGUUAAUUAAUGGACUGGCAUCAGUGUUUUCUCAACUGCUCAUUAUGCCAGUCUUUGUACAUUUUUUCGGCGAAAAAAUCGUUCUGUUUAUAGCUAUUUCUGCUUCUGCUUCUCAUGCACUUUUAUAUGGAGUAGCAUGGGCAGACUGGGUGCCAUACGUCUGUUCCAGCUUCAGUAUCUUUUUUGUCUUGAGCUUCCCUUGCAUAGGGAGUAUUGUAUCAAAGACAGCGGAACCGGAAGAACAGGGUAAGUUCCAAGGUUUAAUUGCGGGUAUAAGAUCGUUUGCAACUAUAUUAUCACCGCUUGCUAUCAGCCCCUUGACAGCACUGUUUCUAUCCAAGGACGCUCCUUUCAAUUGCCCAGGAUUCAGUCUAAUCGUUGCUGGGAGCGUAAUGGUUCUAGCUCUUGUUCAAGCGCUCAUGCUCCAGCCAAUACCCCCGCAACUAUCGAAGCCAAGUAAGUUAACUCAAGUGGCAAUUGCUUGCGAAGAACAGGUGGCUGCUUGGCCAGAGUUUUAAAACACAAAACUCUCCCAGCGAUAGAUCGAUCACGACAGGCCAAAUCAUGCCAAAAAAAUGCGAUGGUUCUUUUUUUUGUAUGAUCAUCCAAACUUAGGAACAAAGUUCGUGCGUAUGUACUUUGCCUGGGCUCCGA